CCUAUCGUCAAAGACACGGCGGGGAAGAGGGAUAAUUCAGGCAAGAUGUUUGAAGUGUUCGUAGCAAACGGCUCUACUUUCAGGGAUAUCAUGCACAAGCUUUGGGAAAGGUUCAGCCCCCGCGUGAAGGGUCUCGCCGUGAAGCAAGAUGACGUGUGGUCUAUCGAGCGUCGAGUUGAGUCGGCAUGGAGCAGGGUAAUGCAGUUCAAGUGGAACACCCAUCUCGUCCCGACCACAACGUCCGAGCAAGCCUGGAACCGUUGGGUC